AACUACAGGGAGAUUUCUCACAGGGCUAGACCCAUUGACUUGACUCAUAAAUCUUUGAUGCGAUUGUGCAACGCAUAAGACACCAGUAUAACAGUUUCUAUUGCAUCUGCCUACCCUUGUUUUCUCACUCCUUUAAUUGACUAGAAUCUGCUUUCUCUUGUUCUUCUACUACCAGUUAGAGCUUCACGCUAUUACAAAUACUGUCUCUCUCUGCUCUCAAGGUACAAUUGUCAAUUGGUUCCCUUCUCUCCUUCCCAAGCCCAACUAUCAGACUUUCAGGACAGUACAUAUAUAGUUGGGCUGGUCAUCAUCAUGGCUAUUGAAACGGAAUGCAGUGCAGAUCGGACUUAUAUUGUAGGAGAAGAUACUUUAUUACUUGAAGCGUUGAAAGAGAAGAUGAGAAGAAACCCUGGCCCUACUAUAUCACCCUUGCCUCCCGCAAGCUGCAUCUUCAAAGUUCCCGAAGCUCUCCGGAGACAUAAUCCAAAGGCAUAUGAGCCUCACGUCCUCUCAAUCGGACCCUUCCAUCGAGGACGCGAUCACGAAAAACUCCAGCACAUGGAAACUGUGAAGCAGUGGUAUUUAGGUACCCUUCUCACCCGCGUGAAUAUAAGCCUUGAAAAAUUCAUUGAAAUAAUUCACAGUGAAACGAAGGAAGGCAUCAUUGAGUUUGAGAAAAGGGCCCGUGAGUUUUAUGCAGAACCAUUUGAUCUUACACAGAGAGAGUUUAUAGAAAUAAUGAUACUUGAUGGUUGCUUCGUAAUACAACUACUUUGGAAUAUUGUCAAUGGGGUAAAAGAUAAUGAUGACCCCAUAUUGAACAUGGAUUGCAUGUUCCAAUAUGUAUGUCAUGAUCUUUUGCUAUUAGAAAAUCAGCUUCCUUGGUUUGUUCUCAGCGCUUUAUAUAAAGUUACCUUGGGCAAACGCCACGGUAGACCACCGUUCAGUAAAGUCCUGUUUGAAGCCUUCUCCUCACAAAAGUCGUUGAAGAAAUAUUUCAACUCCUAUUUACGAUCUCUUGAUAAAACUUGCCAGAAGGUUGAUCAGAAGAGUCCGAAGAAAGAAGAAGAGUCUGCUCUGCACAUUUUUCUGAAGAAAGAAGAGGAGUCUGCUUUGCACAUACUCGAUCUACUCCGAUUUUUCAUUGUUUUGGAAUUCGAAGCAAAGGAAGAUCCAAAGAAGGGAGAGUCUGAAGAAGAGUUAGAAUCGGAUAUUCCUCCAGCCACUGCUCUCUCAAAAGCAGGCGUCAAAUUUAAUAAGGACGACUCGGCUGAUAAUCUACUGAACAUCAAAUUUGAAAACGGGUUUUUAACAAUUCCAGAACUAGCAGUUGCAGAAUUGACCGAACCAUUAUUAAGGAACCUCAUCGCUUUUGAGCAGUGCUAUCAUGGUCGUUCUCAUCAAAUAACAUCUUACGCCGUUUUCAUGGAUAAACUCAUCAGUUCCAAUAAGGAUAUAAAGCUUCUUUCUGAGAAAAAAAUCUUAGCUAACUGGCUCAACGUUGAAGAUGGUUCUAAGUUCUUUAACAGCCUUUACAUUGACACCACAGUCAAAAAGUUCCAGUAUGACAAACUCUGCGAUCAAGUGAAUAAAUAUCACCAAGUUAAAUGGAACAAGUAUCUCGAACAAUUGAGGCGCGACCACUUUAGUAGCCCAUGGAAAGUUAUUGCUUUGACCGUAGGGAUUCUCAUUCUGAUUCUACAAUUAUUGCAGUUCAUCCUUCGUGUUAUGUCCUCAACAUCAUUCUGAUUUCAGAGAUGUCAAUGUAGUUGUAUGUUUAAUAAGCUGAGAGAGUUGUUAAGAGUUUGUUUAAUUAAUAAGCUGAGAGAGUUGUUAUCGGUUCUUUACCAACUCGGUUAACAACUAGGUUGCAUCAAUAGUCGUCAUGCGCCUCAAUGGCAUGGUUGUUGUUUUUUGUUGUUGUUGUUGUUGUUGUUGUUGUUGUUGAAAGUUAUUAAUUGAUGGCAAGUUGGCAAAUGGAAAUGGUUUUGAAAAAAAAA